AUGCAAAGUCAUCAAUAUUUCACACGUUCCAAAACUAAAUCUGAUCAUCCUUCCAAAGACUCCACAAUUUCAUCAUCAAUUAGUGAACUUCGUGAUUCAUUUUCGAUGGCAAAUUCUAUCACAAAAGCUGAAGAUUCAUCCCAAUCAUAUAGUGAUCAUAUACUGAAUCCUGCAUUACACUCUCAUUUUGGUACACAACAUCCAACUACGGAACCAAAAUCAUUACCAUCUCAUCAUUCUUUGAAACCAUCAUCGGUACGAUUUUCGUAUGAAUCCGAUCAAUUAUUACAAAAUGAAGUUGAUCGUCUAAAGGCUGAAUUACAGAUGUUGAAAUCUUCUUCUCAAUCAUUAAUUGAUCAAACUAACCCUCUGAAUCUUCAAUCAACCAUAUCAUGUCCAACGAAUGGUCCGACUCAAUUGUCUACCAUCACUUCAACUACUCCCUCGAUUCAAUAUGUUAUUAAUAUUGAUCCAUUACAACAAAUGAAAGAUUUUGUCAAACCAUUUUUCGGUAAUCCUGAAGAUGAUGCGUCUAAAUGGCUCGCCAGUAUUAAUCAUUUUUUUGAUAUCAUUCGUCUACCCGGUAAUAAGGAUGAAUUAUGUUUCCAAUAUGCUCCAGCAUUUUUAAAAACAUAUGCAUAUCGAUGGUGGACAGAAAAUAAAUCUUUUAUUGGCGAUUGGUCGUGUUUCAAACAAAUGUUCACCGAACAAUUCGGCGAAAAGAAUGAAUACCUAUUGGAACAACAAAUGAAUCAACGUAAACAACAACCCAAUGAACCAGUUAUUAAAUAUUAUUAUGAUAUGAUGGAAUUAUGUCAUAAAUGCGAUCCGACUAUGUCAGAUAAACAAAAAAUUCGUAAACUUAUUUUAGGAUUACGAUUGUCAUUGUAUCAAGAGGCGAUUAAAGAUGAUUAUUCUACACCGAAAGAAUUUCUAGUUAAAGUUCAACAACUGGAAAAUAUAGAGAAGCUAGUGCAAUUACGUCAAACUUCGAUUGACGAUUCAACAAUAAGACAACAACAUAAUAAUGAUCCAAGUUCUGGUCCACAGAUUGAAUCAUCUUCUUACGUUUACCAUCAAAAUCCAUCAUCAUCAUUUUCUUCACAUCAAUCCUAUCAAUCAAAUGUUCAACCAGAUACAUAUGAUUCUCGUUAUUAUCGUACAUUUCCCAAUCCAGGUCGUGCUUCACAAUCAUCUUCGUCGAAUAAAAAUUUUCAGUCUUCAUCAAAUUCAAUACCAUCACAGUCAAAUAAACCUUCACGUACAAAGGAUAUUCAAUGUUAUCAUUGUGGGAAGUGGGGACAUUUCGCUCGUAAUUGUUAUCAAAGAAAUAAUCCCUCAUCAUCUCCAUCUGUAUCUCGUCAACAAAAAAACCAAUAA